AUGUCGACCACGACAAAGAAGGCCGUUUCUAGUGAGUCUACCAACGCAAAGAUCCUCAUUCUAUUUCACUUCUUGCUAGAAAGGCCCGAGGGAUUAGCAAAUGAAGCUCCCGGUGUCCUGGGGCCUGGUUUGAGAACGAUCUACAACGACCUUGGAUUUGACGGCUUGGUUGAGAUCCAAGUGCCUCUAUUGUCAAUGUGGGCGGCUGCCUUGCAGGAUCCCUUCUACCAAGAAUACAUCCUGCCAGAUGAGGAGAAGUUCAUCGACCGCAAGGUUUUUGUUUUCGGUCAGGGGUUCGACGUCCUCGGAGUCGAGGACGGUCAUGCCAUGACGGGAGGCGAAGAUACCAGUACUGGGCCAUCGCUUCAAGAUCGGCAGAUUAAGCUCUCAUCUCAGUGGCUCAAAUAG